CAUUACCAUUCCCGCCAUAUUACUGGAUUCUAGAUCUAGAAUCUAGGUGUGUUGUUAUCAUUUGUUUUGUAAAUAAAUAGGCCUAAACAUUCUCUUUGAUUAUUUUUGUGGAUCUAGAUCUAGAUCUAGUUGAAGUAGAUCUAGUAGUCUGUUGGUCUUAGAAUAAACUGUCCGAUCCGAAAAUCUAUAAGCCUAUCUAUUAAAAAAAAAUUACAAACAAUGCCUGGGAUUGAAGACUGGAGUACAAGGCCAUAUGACACAAUACAAAAGCUAUUCGAGGACAAUGUUGGUGGGAAACAUGAUGAUUUUGUCAAUAAAGUUCAAAGCUACUUUACUGAAAGGCUUGAUGAGUCAGCUUUAUCUAAGAUACCAUCUCUGAACAGCACUUCUCUAGACCAGUUGAAAUCAGGCAUUCUGGUGAAGUAUCGUUGUAUGGUUCAAGAUGUAUUUGAUCCUCAGUUCUGUGUGGGCCAAUACACAGUAACAAACACAAAUGCUCACAGCUCUCGUCUUGAAUUUGGCUCCUUUAGAGAUGUUCCUACAUUGGCUCCUUUUGAAACAAUGGAAUGUGGUAAAGAGAAUGUUCAUGUGGAAAGACACGGCUUUUAUUGUGUCCCAAUUCCUGGAGAAUCUGAGUGGGUCAAAAAAGCUUAUAGCAAAAAUGAAGCAGAAAUAUUGGCCCCGUCAGCUAGUACAUCUUGCCGCACUAAACGAGAGAGAGAAUGUGAGUACAGUGAUUUCCAGGCCCCGCCGAAAACAUCCAGAGAUGAUAGCGCUUGUUCUGAGAUGGAAGUCACACAGGAAGUACAGCCUUCUGCACACAUGGCGGAUCCUGGUCAUAAUAUUCAAAAUGGUUUGCCUGGUUCUAAAGAUCCUGACAAAAGCAAGAUAUUUGAUAAAAACUUGCCACUUCCUGAUGAGAGAGGAGUGUCGUGUAUUGUCAGAGUGUACACCCCUGAAGUAGAUCUCAAGACAACAGAUGCAAUUGAAUUUAUUGGAAUUCUUUCCAUGGAUCCACAGCUGGCAUCCAUUUUUGAUGAUGAAACAGAACAUGGCGAUGUGGCUUAUCAGGAGGAGUUACAGGCACAUGAACCCCCACCAUCGUUGGUUCCUCGUGUUCAUGCGUUAGUCAUGAGACGUUUAAACCAUAAUAACCCCAUUCUCCCUCCUGUUCCUACUGAAGAUGUUUAUAAGAAAGCCGCUAUUCAUCUGAUGGAGGAUGCUUUAUCUUUGCGUCUUGAACUGUUGUCAAUCCUUGAACAUGCUUUAUUGUGUGACAGGCUUGCAGCGGAGUAUCUUUUGUGUCACCUCAUCUCCACUGUAUAUGCAAGAGCUGACAUGUUGCCUCUGGGGAAGAUGUGUCUGAAUAUCAGUGGAUGUCCAAGUGCUCAAAAGUAUAUCAAGUUUCUUCAUCAUUUGAUUUCACAGCUUACCUCACAGACUGCCCUGCUUGAAAUGUCAAUUGAAAAUAUGAACUCUGUGAGGCUGAUCCCACAGAAAGAUUACAGGUUGAACCGUAUCACAGCUGGGAUGCUUCAGCUGGCUUCUGGUACCCAUCUUGUUGUUGAUGAAACAGCUUUACAACAAGGCCAGCUAAACCACACAGGAGUAACAAAUGUAAAAGCACUGGCAGAUGUCAUAAACUGGCAGAAGGUUGACUAUGACUUUAAAUGGCACCCCAUUCCUGUUCCAACAAAUAUUCAUGUUUUGACUUUGUCAGAAGGAGAAUCUCUUCUACCGAAAGAUUUUUAUGUCCCACUCUCAUCAGAUAACAGCAUCCUAGAUAUACCUGCACAUUUCUCUAAACUUGACCAUCGACUCACGCAGGACAAUCUUGAUAAAAUACGAUCUUACAUUUCAGUCUGCAAACUUAUUGAUUAUUCAAUUUCAGAGGAUACGCAAAAAAUAAUCCAAGAUGACUUUGUGAAUACACGACAGAACAAUCCUAAAGAUAUGUCCAUAGAAGACUUUCAAAGACUGCUUGGUUUGAUCAGAGUGCUUACUUUAAGCUAUGGUCAGUGCAGUCCAACUGCUGAUUUAUGGGACAGGGUUAAAAUUAUGGAAGAGGAGCGAAAAAGUAGAAUCUCUCGAUUGCAAAGUCAUCGUCCAGAAGUCCAGUGAGAAGUGACUUUAGUACAAGAAGCUCUUGUUGGACCUGCAUUUUUUAACACAAUGUGAUCUUCCAAAUAAAAUCUCUAUUUCAUUU